AUGAAUUCUAAUGUGUGUAAAUUAAUUAAUGAUAUUGAUACAUAUUUUUUUGAUGAUCUGAACAACCCGAGAGAAGAUACUUCUGGAAUUUUUUUAAGUACGUAUUGCCCUGGUAGUAACUGUAGUAGUGAUGAAGAAAAGAUUAUCUCUGGUUUUAUAAUGUUACUAAAUAAUCUUGAAAGUUUAGAAAGUGAUAAAAUUUUGGAAUACGCUAUUUUAUGGUUAAGUUAUAAACUAAAUCAAAAAAAAGAAAAUGGAACCACCAAAUUAUACGAUUUUUAUACUAACCGUAUAGAAAAAAUUGAUUUUUAUAAGGGGAAAAUAUGUAAUGUUAGUGAUGAUGAUAUUAAUAUGGGUGUUAUAGAAGAAAAAAUAAGAUCAAUGGAUAUUGAUAUUAAAGAUAUAUCUAAUUUUUAUGAUGCAUUUAAAUCAUUAUGUAACAUGUAUAUUGAAAUUGAUGCAAAAACAAAUACUGAAUGCAAUAAAUGUUUAGAAGAUGCUGGAGAAUUUUUUGAAAAAUGUGAAAAAGUUAAAAAUGUUUUUGAUAUUACUAAAGGAAGUUCUUAUUUACAACUAUGGUUAAGUUUAUCAAAAGAUUAUAAAGAUUUUGAAAAUAAUUAUAAUAGUAUUUGGUGUGAGGAUGGCAUACCACUUGUAACUUGUUCACGAAGUUCAGUAACAAAAAAUACACUAAUUUCAAUUGCAAUUAUAUUUGUUGCAGCAUCAAUUUUAUUGGGAGUUUCUUAUAAGUAUUCGUUAUUUGGAUUUCGAAAACGAUCUCAAAAACAACAUUUAAGAGAAAAACUAAAAAAGUAA